AGCACCUGGGUGCGCUCCUGGCAGCUGUGGGGACUUUGUGGAGAGCAAGAUCUGUACAGAGCCAGAGUAGCAGUCUCCACGAAAGACCCUUGUCCCACUGAAGCCGAGGGUAGAAAGAGCGACUGGUAGACUUGAGAGAAUACUACCUCUUUGGUAAGGGGUGCCAGACAAGGAUUCUGCAUUCAGCUUCCCAGAGGUGACAAUCGAUCGUUGGGAGCAAAGUUUGGAUUUAAGCGCUCUGGAAGAUACUUAAGUACCCAAAUAUUCAGAAUCCAAUCUUCACUCUGGGAGAAAGGCAUUCAAGACGCCCUUUCAAAGAGGCUCUACCUCCAACCCAUGGCGCUGCCCGGCUCCUCUCAAGCAGAGACCUGGAGCCUGGAUUCUCCGUCUUCCACAGCCUCUUUGCCCUUAGGACCUCAGGAGCAGGAGGUCGGCGGGGGCCCUGGAGCGCCUGGGGGGCUUCCGCUGGAGAAGGUGAAGAGGCCCAUGAACGCCUUCAUGGUGUGGAGCUCUGUUCAGCGCCGCCAGAUGGCGCAGCAGAACCCCAAGAUGCACAACUCUGAGAUCUCCAAGCGCUUGGGCGCUCAGUGGAAGCUGCUGGGCGAUGAAGAGAAGCGACCCUUCGUGGAGGAAGCCAAGCGUCUUCGUGCCCGCCACCUCCGCGACUAUCCCGACUACAAGUACCGACCCCGGCGUAAGAGCAAAAACUCAGGCACCGGGUCUGUCCCCUUCAGCCAAGGAGGAGGUGGCCUGGCAUGUGGCGGCCCACACUGGGGGCCAGGGUACACAACAACCCAAGGGAGCAGAGGGUUUGGGUACCAGCCCCCCAACUAUUCAACAGCUUACCUGCCUGGCAGUUACACCUCCUCCCAUUGCAGACCGGAGGCCCCCUCACCGAGCACCUUCCCUCAGAGUGAUCCUAGGCUCCAGGGGGAGCUAAUACCCUCUUUCUCCCCCUACCCAUCCCCAGACUCUGCCACUCCAUAUAAUACUUCCCUUGCUGGUGCCCCCAUGCCAGUAACCCACCUUUAACUGGCAGGGACAUCCAGGGACGACCCCACAGACCAGCCAGAGCCCCACAAAUCUUCCAAGCGAACUAGAAUACACAAGACCACAGUAAACAGUGUUUCUGAGUC